AGACAAUUUAGCUCCCACUUCCCUUCAUUGUCACCACUUAGAAGCCAAUUAAGGGAUAACCUUAAUUUAGAAAAGAAAAGGAGAAAAAAGAAAAACGUCUUAAAAAGAAAUGGCAGGGCAAGAGGAAGUGAAGGUGUUGGGAGGAUGGUUCAGUCCAUUUGCUUUCAGAGCAGAAGUGGCACUGAAGCUAAAGGGAAUUUCUUAUGAAGCUGUAGCGGAAAAUUUGGCCAACAAAAGCCCUGAGCUUCUCAAAUAUAAUCCUAUUUACAAGAAAAUCCCUGUUCUUGUUCACAACGGAAAACCCAUUACUGAAUCACUCAUCAUCAUUGAAUACAUUGAUGAAGUUUGGAAACACAACCCUGUUUUGCCUGAGGAUCCUUAUGAGAGGGCCAUGGCACGCUUCUGGGCUUACUUUGUAGAUAACAAGCUAAUGGAAGCAGUGAGGAGAGUUAUUAAUACUACUGAAGAAGAGGCAAAGCAGAAGGAAGUGGAGAAAGCAAAAGAAGCUCUGCAGGUAAUUGAAAAAGAGCUCAAGGCAAAAGGCAACAAGUUUUUUGGGGGUGACACAGUUGGAUAUGUUGAUGUAGCCAUGGGUUGGAUCCCUAACUGGGUAGGAGCUAUUGAGGCUGCUUUUAGUGUCAAAAUUCAUGAUCCUGAAAAUUUUCCUUUGCUUGAUGAAUGGAUGCACAAUUUUACACGGGUACCCAUUAUCCAAGAAGCUUUGCCUCAACAAGACAAGUUGAUUGCAUACUUUAAGCAACUUCUCACCUAUAAAUUAGCUUCAGCAGCUGGAAAAUAAACAUUGUUGUUUUUCUUUUCUUGUGUAUCAUGAGCAUUGUUUUCUUUUGUUGGAGAAGAGUAUUAUGAGCUCAAUAAUAAUAAUAAUUUUAUUGUAUAAAAAAAAUAGUAUUAUGUAAAUAUAA